AUGGCUGGCGAUUCUAGGAAUGCCAUGAACCAGGAUAUGGAGAUUGGGGUCACUCCCAGGGAUCCUAAGAAGAUUCCCAAACAGGCCCGAGAUUACAUCCCCAUUGCCACCGACCGCACGCGCCUCCUGUCAGAGGGCAAGAAGCCGAGGCAGCGCUACAUGGAGAAGAGCGGCAAGUGCAACGUCCAUCACGGCAACGUCCAGGAGACCUACCGCUACCUGAGCGACCUCUUCACCACCUUGGUGGACCUCAAGUGGCGCUUCAACCUGCUUGUCUUCACCAUGGUCUACACCAUCACCUGGCUGUUCUUCGGGUUCAUCUGGUGGCUCAUUGCCUACAUCCGGGGUGACCUGGACCACGUCGGGGACCGGGAGUGGAUCCCUUGUGUAGAGAACCUCAGCGGCUUCGUGUCUGCCUUCCUGUUCUCCAUCGAGACGGAGACCACCAUCGGGUACGGCUUUCGGGUGAUCACGGAGAAGUGUCCGGAGGGCAUCGUCCUCCUGCUGGUCCAGGCCAUCCUCGGCUCCAUCGUCAACGCCUUCAUGGUGGGGUGCAUGUUCGUCAAGAUCAGCCAGCCCAAGAAGAGAGCUGAGACCCUCAUGUUUUCCAAUAAUGCCGUCAUCUCACUUCGAGACGAGAAGCUCUGUCUCAUGUUCCGGGUGGGCGACCUCCGCAACUCGCACAUCGUGGAGGCCUCCAUCCGCGCCAAGCUCAUCAAGUCCCGGCAGACCAAGGAGGGCGAGUUCAUCCCCCUGAACCAGACCGACAUCAAUGUGGGCUUCGACACGGGGGACGACCGCCUCUUCCUGGUUUCCCCGCUCAUCAUCUGUCACGAAAUCAACGAGAAGAGCCCUUUCUGGGAGAUGUCACGGGCCCAGCUGACCCAGGAGGAAUUCGAGGUCGUGGUCAUCCUGGAAGGGAUGGUGGAGGCCACAGGCAUGACUUGCCAAGCACGGAGCUCCUACAUGGAUACCGAGGUGCUCUGGGGCCACCGGUUCACACCAGUCCUCACCUUGGAAAAGGGCUUCUAUGAGGUGGACUACAACACGUUCCACGACACCUAUGAAACCAACACGCCCAGCUGCUGUGCCAAAGAGCUGGCAGAAAUGAAGCGGGAAGGCCGGCUCCUGCAGUACCUCCCCAGCCCUCCACUGCCAGGGGGCUGCGUUGGAGCAGAGCUGGGUGCAGAGGCGGAGCCAGAGGGAGAGGAAGAGCCUGAGGGUCUGAGUGGGUCCCAGGAGACCAAGGGCUCUGCGUGA